AUGUCUGAGCAUUCACAGUCUCGCCUAUCUGGAAUGAAAGCAGCUCAGUGAUGGAGUUCAGAGAGCUGGGAGCAGACGAGAGCUCUGAGGGCGAUAUGGAGGAUCUGGAUAAUGUAAAAGCCCUGACAGAGAAGCUCAAACUCCAAACGCGCAGACCGUCGUACCUAGAAUGGAAAGAGCGACUGCAGGCUCGCCCGUGGACUGAUGCCACACACGGUUCAAAUGUCAGCAGCCCAGGAUCUGUGGAGAAGGACACUCAGCUAUCCGACAUCUGGAAAGAUGGGAUGCCUUAUAAGAAUAUCUGCGGCUUUGAUACUAUAGACGACGCGUUAGAGUGGCUCAGAAACGAACUGAGGGAGAUGCAAAUGCAGGAUAACCGUCUCGCACGGCAGUUGAUUCGCUUACGGGGGGAGAUCCACAGGGUGAAGGUGGAGCAGGUGUGUCACCGUCACAAAGAGAUGCUGGAUGAUGCCACGUAUGAGCUGGAGGAGUGUGAGGAGGACUCGGACCUGCUGUGUGACAUCCCCAUGAAAGCCACCUUCACUCUUUCCACCCCUCUCAAACAUCUUGGUCUCACCAAGAUGAACCUCAACUCCAGACGAUUCUCACUCUGUUGAGAGGCACGGCGAGGAGAGAUGUCCCUCAAGAAAACUCAAUGCACAGCUCUUACUGACACUGGAAGCCAAAGAUUUAUUUCAUUUCAGUGUUAAAAUUGGACUAUUGAAAAAAAAAAACCACUAAGUUUUAUUCAAAUCACUAAGCUUUAGUGAACUUUGAUUUAACCACAAGUGGUCAUAUCUGAAAAUGCAGUAACCAGCACUACAGUCUAUAGUAUACAACUAUUAAACCACUUGUGAAUGCGGACUCACCUCAGGUCUGAGAAAGUCCCCAUGCACAGUUGAAAAAAAGUUUAUAUUUACUUUUGAAAAUAUCUUAACUGAUCUGAGAAUCAGGAGGAACCUGCUUCUGUGUCAAAAGGCGUGUGAUUGGCACACACUCCCAUGAGCGUUCCUGAAUGCUCAGAGGAGGAAACACUCUCCCGUCGGUUUGGCUGUGAUCCCGAGCAGCAGCCUCACGGGAAGUGUGAGUUUAUGUUCAGGCAUUUUGUCACCUUGUCUCUUAAAACCU